CGCAUUGUCCAUGUCUGUCUUUCUACAACGCGUUAACCACAGUGCGCAGUUAUGGUGGUGGUAAAACUAAUAAAAAGGGGUUGUUGGAAGGUUGAAGCACGCAAGAGAAAUUGUUGAGCACGACUCGCGUCAUCUAGGGCCUAGAUUCCUAGACACGGAGCGACACAGAGCGACGUGGAGCGAACGACUCACAUCAUCUAGCACUGUUCGCCUGUCGCCAUAGUCGGCGUACAUCGUCGGGACUCCCGCCGCUAUAGUCGCCACCACUGCGAACACCUUGAUGCGCAACUCGAAUAUCCAAUCUAUAGUGGCCGCUGCGGCGAGUAUCUACAGUAGCUCUGACGCUCGGUAUUAUCAUUCUGGCAAGCGUAAAAACGCGACGCAAGCUCGCUCACGCGGUCCGCGUGCCAGCAGGACUGUUCUCGACUCGACAUGCGCGGAAGCUUGCUCCUGCGGAACUACUGCAGGCGUGUGGCCCCGGCUGCUACACAUGGGGCGCCCUGAAUCGUACAGCCAAGCUACUAGCUCGUGAAGAGGGUACACCGAUGGUUAGCGCCUCGUGAAAACGGAUUGUUCGGGUAGCCACUCUAGUUCCACGUUCUAGAACCGAGGCAUUGUAGUCCAGCAAGCGGCAUUUUUGCUCAUCCUCGGCAUUCUCUUCGUGUGGUGCGCUGGCGGCAGCACAUGCUCUGGCUGGCAUCCGCAGCAGCCUGCUCGCGCUUUAAAUCAAACCGCCACUGCUUCGUCAAUCGUAGUCACCUAUCCCCAACCGCCUGUUCCUCUAACUCUAGUCAGCUUCGCCUAUCGACUGUCGCCUGUCGCCCGUCGCCCGUCCGUGGCCCGUUGUCCGUCGUCGCUAGCCUGACGUCAUGAUGGACGUCAGCACAGUCGAGGACGCCCUCGCCCGCCUCGUUAAGAGGCACGACGCCAUACGCGCUAAGGAGCUCGCAGUGUUGGAUAAGGUGCAGCACGCUCUGGCGCAGGCACAGGCGGAGCUGCAGGCGCAAAGGUCCACGGAACACGCAGGGGGGGUGGCGGAGCGGGGGGAAAAGGAAGAAACCAUCGGUACGAGUGCGGAUGUGGCCAUGGUCGUCAGCGAUGAUGUCAGCAAGCCUAGCAUCUCUCCGAUGAUAGUCUCAGCAGCAAUCCAAGAUGCCGAGCUGCUGUGUCGAACCUAUUGUCGAGGCUCGGCAGCGUAGGUCCGGAGAAGGAGGUGGUAGCGCUGCACAAGGAGCUGCACGGGGCUGUGGCUAGGCUGAGCAAGGUGGUGGAGCGGGAGAAAGACAAGGGCGUGUUCGUUGCUGAUAUUGCAGGUGCUUAUUGGUGUGCGAGUGGUUCGCCUAUGCACCGACGUCGACAUGCAAAAAGUUGGUCAUAAGGCGGCGCUCUGGGCGGAAUAAUAGGACAGAUCUAAGCUGGCUACGUUUUAAGUGUCGGUGGAACAUACGGGAAAGAUUAGGGCUGGAAGAUGGAGGAAAAACGAAUGGACAAAAGAACCAGGGAAGAGAGAACAGUGAGAACAUUCGGUUCAACCAGAAAAGUGUAACCCGACUUAGGUUGUGUUCGGCGGAAUGUCGGAGGGUCGGUUUCACCGACAGUGUCGGUUACCAAAAAUCGAUUCCACCCAAAAUUCGGACAAAACGCGCGCGACGCGCUACACGAGUUGCACCUUUCAUUUCUGCAUGCUUAUACCUUCUUGUUCUGUUUUCGUUUGUAAUCACUUUU